GUCUUAUUAAUAUCCAUCCACGAAAAUCUGACUUGAUUGUGAUUUACUAUUCAAACUUUCCCCCACAGUUGUAUUGUUCAAAUAAUAUCCUUUUAGACUCUACUUGGUAGAGUCAGAUUCCCCUUUCGUGCUCUUAAGUCUGACUUGUCAAACAAGCAUUCAAACUUGAGGAUUUCGGAGCACUAUGGCAUUAAUACCUGGGCACUAUCUUAUUGCUGCUGCUGUUAGUGGUAUCGCAGCCCACUUAUGUGCCUUCAUACACGGAGAUUGGCACUUGCAUAUUCCUCAGGUUAUCUUCACUCAUUGUGCUGGCUAUGCGUUACUUUUACUCAGGCUUAGAUAUCAAGAAUUAAGCAUCAUAGACUCGAUCCAGGCAUCGACUGUCUUAUCUGCAUGCUAUCUCUUAUUCUUGUUCACCAGCAUCAUCGUCUACCGCGUCUUCUUCCAUCGAUUGCGGAAUUUCCCUGGGCCUCGUCUUGCAGCAGCUACCAAGCUCUGGAGUAUAUGGGAAACAAGAGAUUCCAGAAAUCAUCUGUUGAUGCAACGGCUAUUUGAGCAAUAUGGGCCAAUAGUUAGAACGGCUCCCAAUGAGCUCACGGUCUUUCAUCCUGAAGGCGUUGAACUCGUGAAAGGAGGAAAAAAUGGAACAGAUCAGUAUAACGAAAAGGGUGUUUGGUAUGAUCUAAUUCAUCCCAAAACAUCGGUUGUGUUCAACCGUAAUCCUUCAGAGAAUGCCGUUCGACGUCGUCCUUGGGAUCGAGCUGUUUCACCCGCAAGUCUUAGAAGUUAUGCGGCAAACAUAGUAGCCCCUGCCGCGGAAGUUCUGGAAUUCGUUUCCAAUGCCCAAGGCGAACCCGUCAAUAUUAAUGAACUUAUGACCGGACUCAUCUUUGACUUUAUGAGUGUGAUCGUCUUCGGUGAAGUCUCUAGCAAAACCGAUGCAGAGGAGCAAAUUAGUACGCUGCGUAGACUCAAAGGGGCACUCAUUUUACUAGCACCAUGCGGAGAUAGUGUCUGGCCAGCUCUUUUUGCCUUCAACUUUCUUCAGUUUUUGAAACCGGUCAAAAGCUGGCUAGGUCUUGUAGAGUCAUGCCGCGCACGUAUGUUGAAACGAAUGAAUAAAAAAACAAGCACAGUCGAUGUUUCAGGCUUUUUUCUUAAAGAUUUCCACGAUUCGGCUGGGGAAACUAGUCUUGAGAAACGUGAGAAUGCGCUCCUCGGAAACACUAUCUCUGCACUGGUUGCUGGUAGUGACACCGCACGUGCUGCUAUGAUUGGGAUAUUUUAUUUCCUGUGCAAAAACCCAGGAAAUGCGGAUGAAAUUUACGAGGAAUUAAAGGAUGUUGAUGAAAAAGAUUCGACAGUUCUUGCAGGCAAACCAAUCUUGAAUGGCUUUAUAAAAGAGGCUCUGCGUGUAGCUCCUCCUUCGAUGACUGGUCUUGCUCGAAUCAUAGGUCCACAAGGCUUAUGGAUCGACAAUACCUUCAUUCCACCAGGAGCCCAAGUUACCGCACCAUACUACAAUUCCCAUCGCUUACCUUCUGCGUUCCAAGAUCCAACAGAAUUCAUCGCAGAACGCUGGACAAGCCGACCAGAUCUUAUCAAAGACAAGCGCGCAUACGCCCCAUGGGGUGCUGGUCAACAUAUCUGCCCUGGGAAAGCGCUCGCCAACGUGGAAUUACGUUAUGUGACGGCGCUUUUCGUCAAGACGUUCAAAAUCAAGUUCGCGCCAGGUCAUGACCCGGAGAAGUUUUGGACAGAUAUGCUGGAUCAAGUAACAAUGCAGCCGGGAGAAGUAUGGUGUGUCUUUGAACCACGAAACUGAGUAUUGGGGUUGGGAAGGCCACCAUCCGAGACAUGCUUUUGCAUGUGGUUUUCUAUGUAGAUAAAUCAUACAGAAACGUAGAGAAUUUUAGUCCAGUUCAAUCGCUAUCACUCUGAAGAUCA